UGAUUUUUCGUACAUUCCACAGAGUCAGAUGUCACCAUGCCUAGACUGAAGUCAGUACGGUUUUUCUCUGUAGCAAUCAUUCCUUCCUUCUCGCUUUUGUUCUUGCUGAUCUUGAUGCUGGUUGAUGUGGUGGCCCAACAGACUUGUCCGCAUAACAUGCGGAAGUUUGGACCGAAAAUGAAGUAUGAGUGCCAUUGUAAAGAAAUAGCCGCAUGUCGAUUCAGUGGGAACGCUUAUUGCAAAUCUUACGGAUGCCAGCACGGUUUUGAAGGACGUAACUGUCAAACAGCGGUUUAUGCUGACGUACAAAGGAUAUAUUCUUCAAGAAAUGUUUCAACACCAAAAUGUAUGGAGCUACCAUUUAAAGUGGUAUUUCCAGAGCGAUAUCGUAUCCAAUACGUGACUGUGAAAUGUGACCAUUAUUCUGGUAACCGUCUCAGUUCGUUUUCAGUUAAUUUCGACAAAGACAGCAAGAAGCCCUUUUGUACUGGGAUUUGCAGCAUGAGUGGAGUGGGAUGUACAGGGGAUGCAAAUGCCAAGUCUAUGACCAUAACAGGGAAAGAUAUCUGUAUUAGAGGGAUGUAUAUAUCAGGGUGUGCGUCUGGGUGGUAUGGAAGUGGUUGUUCCAAGCAAUGCCAUUGUCUAAAUGAUGCUAACUGCCACCAACGGACAGGAGCUUGUCCAAACGGAUGCGAAGACGGAUGGACUGGACCAGAUUGCCAAGUAAUAACUUACCAAAAUAUAGCAAUUGGUAAAAGUGCUACACAGGAAUCACCUGCUAGCGCAACUGGUGUAACUGCAAUGAAUGGAAACACUUGUCGGAAUGAAACGUACACAAUGGCAGCCAACCUAGCCGUGGAUGGUAACUUUGAUCAAAACCCACUACACAGGUCUUGUUCUCGUUCAGUGAAGACCCAGAGAUCAUACUGGACUGUUGACCUCAAACAAACGUACGAUAUUUCACAAAUGAGGAUCUAUUACAACUAUAUCGAGGUGCAUGAGAAAUUCUCAUUUUUAAUUUUGGUAUCCAUAAACAAUGUGAAUAGAAUAUGCAAAAAAUUUACUGAUCUUGAGAGAAUUACAGUUAUCGAUGUCCAGUGUGACAGUCCUGCCAAAGGAAGUAAGAUCACAAUAAUCCUGUAUAAAGGCCCUGAUCUUAGCUUGUGUGAAGUGGAGGUCCUACAAUGUCUGCCUGGAUUCUACGGUGCCAAAUGCAAAGAACACUGUUCUACCUGUAAGAAUAAGCAAUGUAACCAAUUCACAGGCAAAUGUCUGUAUGGUUGCAACAAUGGAUUCGUUCUUGUAAACGGCGUCUGUCAAAAAUGUGCAACAGGGAAAUUUGGUGCCAAUUGUGCAGGCACAUGCCAUUGUGCUGACAACAGCAAGUGCAUCGCUGAAACUGGAAUCUGUUCUAGUGGAGGGUGUGCAGCUGGUUACAUGGGUGACACCUGUCAAACAGUCUGUGCUCGUGGAAGAUUUGGACCAAACUGCAAGAAUCUGUGUCACUGUGCAGACGACAGUAAAUGCAACAGAGCUUCUGGAAUAUGUUCGAGUGGAGGAUGCGCAGCUGGUUACAAAGGAAGCAAUUGCCAGACUGGAUGCCCACACGGUACAUUUGGUAUCAACUGCGCCAGAAAGUGUCAUUGUCUGAACAAUGGAAAGUGUUACUCUGAUAAGGGUAUCUGCAUAACUGGGAGAUGUUCACAUGGCUACCGAGGCUAUAACUGUCAGUCAGUGUGCCGGCAAGGCAGCUAUGGUCUCAACUGCAAAGAAACAUGUCACUGUGCCAUUGUCACUAAAUGUAAUCAUAUCACCGGUGUUUGUUCAAGUGGUGGCUGUGCACCAGGCUACAGUGGCUCAAAUUGCCAUAAAGUUUGUUCUGUGGGUAAGUUUGGUCCCAGUUGCAGUGGAACAUGUCACUGUGCAGAUAACAAAAAGUGCAACACAGUGUCAGGGGUAUGUUCAAGUGGUGGAUGUGCUGCAGGACAUCAGGGUAGCAACUGUCAAACAGUGUGCAGCAGAGGUAGAUUUGGACCUAACUGUAAAUACACAUGUCACUGUGCAGACAACAGAAAGUGUAAUGUCAACUCUGGUGUGUGUUUAAGUGGAGGAUGUGCUGCAGGUUAUGAAGGCAGCAACUGUCAAACAGGAUGUAGCAGAGGGAAAUUUGGACCAAACUGCCGAAACACAUGUCACUGUGCUGACAACAGCAAGUGUAACCCACAGUCUGGUAGCUGCUCCAGUGGAGGAUGUGCUGCUGGAUAUGAGGGUAGCAACUGUCAAACAGUUUGUGCCAGUGGUAAAUUUGGGGCAAACUGCAGAAGCAGUUGUCAUUGUGCUGACAACAAGAAGUGCAACCGUCAGACUGGUGUGUGUUCGAGUGGAGGGUGCGCAGCAGGUUACGAGGGUAGCAACUGUCAAACAGCCUGUCGCACUGGUAAGUUUGGAGCAAACUGUAAAAGUACAUGCCAUUGUGCAGACAACAGCAAGUGUAACCGUCAGACAGGUGUGUGUUCCAGUGGAGGAUGUGCUGCUGGUUAUGAAGGUAGCAACUGUCAAACAGGAUGUAGCAGAGGGAAAUUUGGGCCAAACUGCAGAAACACAUGUCACUGUGCUGACAACAGCAAGUGUAACCCACAGUCUGGUAGCUGUUCCAGUGGAGGAUGUGCUGCUGGAUACACAGGUAGCAACUGUCAAACAGGGUGCAGUGUCGGAAAAUUUGGACAAAAUUGUCAGCAGACAUGUCACUGUGCUGACAAUAACAGGUGUAAUCAUCAGACAGGUGUUUGUUCCAGUGGUGGCUGUGCAGCUGGCUAUGAAGGAAGCACCUGUCAGACAGGAUGUAGCAGAGGAAAAUUUGGGCCAAACUGCAGAAACACAUGUCACUGUGCUGACAACAGCAAGUGUAACCCACAGUCUGGUAGCUGCUCCAGUGGAGGAUGUGCUGCUGGAUAUGAGGGUAGCAACUGUCAAACAGCAUGUAGCAGAGGAAAAUUUGGGCCAAACUGCAGAAACACAUGUCACUGUGCUGACAACAGCAAGUGUAACCCACAGUCUGGUAGCUGCUCCAGUGGAGGAUGUGCUGCUGGGUUUGAAGGUACCAACUGCCAAGUUGCAUGUACAAAAGAUAAAUUUGGGCGAAACUGUAAAAGUACAUGCCACUGCGCUGACAACAGCAAGUGUAACCGUCAGACAGGUGUGUGUUCCAGUGGAGGAUGUGCUGCUGGUUAUGGAGGUAGCAACUGUCAAACAGCAUGUGUAAUUGGUAAAUUUGGGCCAAACUGUAAAAAUACCUGUCAUUGUGCUGACAAGAACAAGUGUAACCGUCAGACUGGUGUGUGUUCAAGUGGAGGAUGUGCUGCAGGUUAUGAAGGUAGCAACUGUCAGACAGGUUGUAGUGUAUCUAAGUUUGGACCAAACUGUCAAAGUACAUGCCACUGUGUUGACAAUAAGAAGUGUAACCGUCAAACGGGUGUUUGCUCCAGUGGAGGAUGUGCUGCAGGUUUUGGCGGUAGCAAUUGUCAAACAGCGUGUGUAAAUGGUAAAUUUGGACCAAACUGUCAACAUACAUGUCACUGUGCUGACAAGAGUAAGUGUAACCGUCAAAGUGGUGUGUGUACCGUUGGUGGAUGUGCUGCAGGUUAUGAAGGUAGCAACUGUCAAACAGCAUGUGUAAAAGGUAAAUUUGGACCAAACUGUCAGAGUAUGUGCCACUGUGCUGACAACAAGAAGUGCCACACACAGACAGGUGUGUGUUCCAGUGGAGGAUGUGCUGCAGGUUAUGAAGGUAGCAACUGUCAAACAGUUUGCAGUGGCUCUAAAUUUGGACCUAACUGUAAAAAUACGUGCCACUGUGCUGACAAGAGCAAGUGUAACCGUCAGACAGGUGUUUGUUCCAGUGGUGGAUGCGCUGCUGGUUAUGAAGGCAGCAAAUGUCAAACAGCAUGCAUACCUGGUAAAUUUGGACCAAACUGCAAAAGUGCAUGUCAGUGUGCUGACAAGAGCAAGUGUAAUCGUUACACUGGAGUUUGUUCCAGUGGUGGAUGUGCUGCUGGUUAUGAAGGUAACAACUGCCAAACAGCAUGUAAAAAUGGUAAAUUUGGGAAAAACUGUCAGCAGACAUGUCAUUGUGCUGACAAGAGCAAGUGUAAUUAUCAAAGUGGUGUGUGUUCUAGUGGAGGAUGUGCUGCUGGUUAUGAUGGUAGCAACUGUCAAACAGUUUGUAGUGGAAACGAAUUUGGACCAAACUGUCAAAAUACAUGUCAUUGUGCUGACAACAAGAAGUGCAAUCGUCAGACAGGCGUGUGUUCAAGUGGAGGAUGUGCUGCAGGAUAUAAGGGUAGCAACUGUCAAACAGCAUGUGUAAAAGGUAAAUUUGGACCAAACUGUCAAAGUAACUGUCACUGUAAAGAUAACAGCAAGUGUCACACACAGACAGGUGUAUGCACUAGUGGAGGAUGUGCCCCAGGUUACGAAGGCGACAACUGUCAAAAAGCAUGCACAACAAAUGCAUUUGGACCAAACUGCCAAAAUAAAUGCCACUGUGCAGACAACAGCAAGUGUAACCGCCAGACUGGAGUGUGUUCUAGUGGAGGAUGCGCUCCAGGUUACAAAGGCAGCAACUGUCAAAAUGCAUGUGUUACUGGUAAAUUCGGACCAAACUGCCACAGUACAUGUCAUUGUGCAAACAACAGCAGAUGUAGCCGUGAGACUGGUGUUUGCUCCAGUGGUGGAUGUGCGGCUGGAUAUGAGGGCAACAACUGCCAAACAGUUUGUACCGGAUCUAAAUUUGGCCCAAACUGCCAAAACCUCUGCCACUGCGCAAAUAACAGCUUAUGUAACCAUCAGACUGGUGUGUGCUCAAGUGGCGGAUGUGCCCCUGGUUAUGAUGGUAAAAACUGUCAGACAGUAUGUGUAAAUGACAAAUAUGGACCAAACUGUCAAAGUAUAUGCCACUGUGCAGACAGCAGCAAAUGUAACCGCCAGACUGGAGUGUGCUCCAGUGGAGGAUGUGCUCCAGGUUAUGAAGGUACCAAAUGUCAAACAGCUUGCAGUGGAGCUAAAUUUGGUCCAAACUGUCAAAAUACAUGUCACUGUGCAGACAACAAGAAGUGUCACCAUCAGACAGGUGUGUGUUCAAGUGGAGGAUGUACUGCAGGUUAUGAGGGUAGCAACUGUCAAACAGCGUGUGUAAAUGGGAAAUUUGGAGCAAACUGUAAAAGUACAUGUCACUGUGCCGACAAGAGUAAGUGUAAUCGUCAGACUGGUGUCUGUAGCAGUGGAGGAUGUGCUGCUGGUUAUAAUGGUAGCAACUGUCAAACAGCAUGCACCAAUGGCAAAUUUGGUGCAAAUUGCCAAAGUAUAUGUCAUUGUGCAGACAACAAGAAGUGCAACUAUCAGACAGGAGUGUGUUCAAGUGGAGGUUGUACCUCAGGUUAUGAAGGCAGCAACUGUCAAACAGUUUGUAGUGUGUCUAAAUUUGGACCAAACUGUCAAGAUACAUGCCACUGUGCAGACAACAGCAAGUGUGACCGUCAGACUGGUGUGUGUUCAAGUGGAGGAUGCGCUCCGGGAUAUGAAGGUAGCAACUGUCAGACAGCAUGUGGGAAUGGUAAAUUUGGACCAAACUGCCAAGAUACGUGUCACUGUGCAGACAACAAGAAGUGCAACAGUCAAACUGGUAAUUGCUCUAGUGGAGGAUGCGCUCCGGGAUACGAGGGCAGCAACUGUCAGACAGCUUGCAGUGGAGUGAAAUUUGGACCAAACUGUCAAAAUACAUGUCACUGCAGUGCCAACCAGAAAUGCAACCAUCAGACAGGUGUGUGUUCAAGCGGAGGAUGUGCUUCUGGUUAUGAAGGUAGCAAUUGUCAAACAGCAUGUACAAAAGGUGAAUUUGGACCAAACUGUCAAAGUAUAUGUCAUUGUGCAGACAACAAGAAGUGUCACACACAGACUGGUGUUUGUUCUAGUGGAGGAUGUGCUCCAGGAUAUGAAGGUACCAAUUGUCAGACAGCUUGCACUGGAUCUAAAUUUGGAUCAAACUGUCAGCAUACAUGCCACUGUGCAGACAACAGCGAGUGUAAUCGUCAGACUGGUGAGUGCUCUAGUGGAGGAUGCGCUGCUGGUUAUGAAGGCACCAAAUGCCAAACAGAAUGUAGCAGAGGUAAAUUUGGAGCCAACUGCAUCAAUACCUGCCACUGUGCCUACAACAGCACAUGUAACUCUCAGACAGGCACCUGUUCCGGCGGGGUGUGUGCCCCUGGUUUUAAAGGAAACAACUGCCAGGAAGUGUGUAAACUAGGUAAAUUUGGACUGAACUGUGCAAUUGCUUGUCACUGUGCAAACAACAGCAAAUGCGGCAGUCGGAUAGGCAUUUGUUCCAGUGGAGGAUGUGCUGCUGGUUAUAAGGGUAUCAAUUGUCAGACAGUCUGCAAAAGUGGAGCAUUCGGUCCUAACUGCCAGAAUAUAUGUCACUGUGCUGACAACAGCAAAUGUAAUUCCCAGUUGGGGAUCUGUUCCAGUGGAGAAUGUGCAGCAGGUUAUGAAGGAAACAGCUGUCAAAAGGUUUGUUCCAGAGAUAACUUUGGACCAAACUGUCAGCAAACAUGCCACUGUGCAGACAACAGUAAGUGCAACCGUCAGACUGGGAAAUGCUCUAGUGGAGGAUGUGCUCCAGGUUAUGAAGGUAGCAACUGUCAAACAGUUUGCCAAGAUGCAAGGUUUGGUGCCAACUGCACCAGUAUGUGCCACUGUGCAGACAACAGGAAGUGCAACCCAGUGUCAGGAACCUGCUCAGAAGGAGGAUGUGCUGCAGGCUAUGAAGGGAACAGUUGUCAGUUAAAAUGCAGAAGUGGUAAAUUUGGUCACAACUGCGUCAAUUCCUGUCACUGUGCCAACAACAGCAAAUGUGACGCUUUGACUGGCGUUUGUUCCAGUGGUGGCUGUGAAGCUGGCUACCAAGGAAGCAACUGUCAGAAACAGUGCCCCAGUGAUAAGUUUGGUAAAGACUGUAGAAGUACCUGCCACUGCUUUGUGAAUAGCUUAUGUAAUCCUAAGUCAGGCACCUGCUCAAGUGGUGGGUGUGCCCCUGGCUACGAAGGUAACAACUGUCAAAAAGUCUGCAAGAAUGGUACGUUUGGCACCAACUGUAAAGGUACGUGCCACUGUGCUGACAACAUCAAGUGUGAUUCUCACACGGGCUUUUGUUCUGAUGGAAGAUGUGCUCCAGGUUACGAAGGAAGAAACUGUCAAAACGUCUGUAAGUCUGGCUACUUUGGUCUACGCUGUGCCAAUCCAUGCAAAUGUAAGGACAGUCAGAAAUGUGAUCCCAAAACUGGUCAUUGUCCAAAUAACCAGUGCCUACCAGGUUAUACUGGACACAACUGCCAAACUUCUUGUCCAGCCAACAGUUUUGGGUCAAACUGUCAGAAAGUUUGUCAUUGUGUGCAGAAUGAACACUGUAAUCGAACCAAUGGGUUUUGUGGUAAGAGCAGCUGUGAAGCUGGUUAUACAGGAGUUGACUGUCAAAUGGAAUGUAAAAAGGGACAUUUCGGUUUGAACUGCAAAUAUUCAUGCCACUGUGCUGACAAUGACCAUUGUAACUUUAAAUCUGGAGUAUGUUCCAGCGUAGGAUGUGCUGCUGGUUUCAAAGGGGACAACUGCCAGUCAGUAUGUCCUCCUGGUACCUUUGGUGAAAAUUGUCAACACAACUGCCGUUGUCUCAACAAAAGCCAAUGUAACACCACUUAUGGUAUGUGCCAUGAUGGUAUCUGUUUACCUGGGUAUAUGGGCCUUGAUUGUCAGACAGAAUGUCGUAAAGGAUACUUUGGCAGCAACUGUAAAUCUCAGUGUCACUGUGCAGACAGCAAGCACUGUGACACCGCAUCAGGAGUAUGUUCCAGUGUUGGGUGUGCCGCUGGUUUCAAGGGAGACAACUGUCAAACAGUGUGUCCAGCUGGUACGUUUGGUAUGAACUGCGAAGGAAAGUGUCACUGUAGUAAUAACAGCCUGUGUAAUAGAAUUGAUGGUUCUUGUCACAACAAUAUCUGUGAAGCAGGUUACACUGAGUCAGAUUGUCAAACUGAAUGUGAAAGAGGAUACUUUGGUCCCAACUGUAAACAUUUGUGCCACUGCGCUGACAAUAAUCGAUGUGACACUAAAUCUGGAGUGUGCUCCAGCGUGGGAUGUGCUGCUGGUUUCCAAGGAGAUAACUGUCAGUCAGUGUGUACAGCUGGAACGUUUGGUCUUAACUGCCACGAACAAUGUCGUUGCAAGAAUAUAUCCCAGUGUAAUCAGAUAUACGGUUCGUGUUAUGAUGGCAUUUGCCAAGAUGGUUACACUGGGUCUACUUGUCAGAAAGUAUGCAAGAAGGGUCAGUUUGGUCCAAAUUGCAAACACCAGUGCCACUGCAUCGAUAAUAACCAAUGUGACCCUGAAUCUGGGUUUUGUUCGGCUGUUGGAUGUGCACCAGGGUACCAUGGGGAAAACUGCCAGAAAGUGUGUGGAGAGGGUCAGUUUGGAGUGAACUGUGAAGGAAAAUGUCACUGCAAGAAUGUCACACAGUGCAACAGGACAAAUGGAUUCUGUGAUGGUGGCCAUGGCCAGUGUGAAGCUGGCUUCAUUGGACCAGACUGUCAAUCAGCUUGCAAGAACAAUACGUAUGGCCCUGAGUGUAACCACACUUGUCACUGUGCUGAUAAUAGUAAAUGCAACCCUCAAUCUGGCAUGUGUUCAGGUGAAGGAUGUGCUCCUGGUUAUGAAGGUAACGACUGUCAAAAAGAAUGUGAACCUUGGAAGUUUGGAGCUAAUUGUCACCACCAUUGUAAUUGUGUCAACAACACAGUCUGUGAUAGGCUAACAGGUGCUUGUCCUGACAACAGUUGCCCAUCAGGUUUUCAAGGAACAGACUGCCAGCAAGCUUGCACCAAUGGUACCUUUGGAGUGCUCUGUAAUGGCACAUGUCAUUGCGAAAAUGACACCCUCUGCAACAGAGAAACUGGUUUAUGCGAGAAUGAUGUCUGCAAGCCAGGUUAUACAGGACCUGAUUGCCAAACAGCUUGUCUUCCUGGUACAUUUGGUAAGUUAUGUCAGCAGAUAUGUCAUUGCCUGGAAGGUGACAGCUGUCAUUUCAUCGAUGGCCAUUGUCCACAAACCAUGUGUGAUACUGGGUUUGAAGGCCCUGACUGUCAGAAAAAAUGUCCAGAUGGAAAAUUUGGUUCCCAGUGUUCCCUGAAAUGCCAUUGUCUCGAUGGUGUAGUCUGUGAUUAUAAGAAUGGAACCUGUGAAAACGGAUGUGAACAUGGUUACCGAGGAGAUAACUGCCAAGAAGAGAAACCUAAUUUAUUGUUGCUGGUUGGUGUUCCUGUUGUGGCCUUUUUCAUUCUGUUGGUCAUUGUUAUAACAAUUAUAGUUUGCUGCAAGAUCUCUGCGGCCAAAAGAACUUUCAACAUGGAAAAGAUGUUUCCUCUCCCAUUGGACCUGCCUUUACCUCCUACAGUACCAGCACCCCCUGUUAUUAGAGUCACCACAGAUACAGAUGACAAUUACGAAUCAUUUAUUUGCGGAAGCGAAUCGAGUUGGACAUAUGAUGAGAUGGAGUUGGAAAAGUUACCACAACCACCACGCAGUCCUGUCGUUAAAAGCGUUCAAGUUAAACAACGAUAUGAGGUGAUGACUGACAGAGGUAAACAACAAGAGACGACUAACAUAGAUAAACAAGAUUAUGAGGUGAUGGCUAAUGAAAGUGAACAACAAUGUGAAGAGAUGGCUAACGAAGAUAAACAACAAUAUGAAGCGAUGACUAAUGGAGGUAAACAAGAAUAUGAGGUGAUGACUAACGGAGGUAAACAACAAUGUGAAGAGAUGACUAAUGGAAGUAAACAAGACUAUGAGGUGAUGACCGACGGAGAUCAACAACAAUAUGAAGAGAUGACUAAUGAAGGUAAACAAGAUUAUGAAGUAAUGACUAAUGAAUCACAGAUUCUGUUAAAGAACCAAGAUGCACAUGACCAACCUAUUACCAACAAUACAGAUGGCUGCUAUGAAAAUGAAGUUACUUUAGAGGAAAACUAAACUACAAUUUAUAUCUUACUACUACGUUUGAGCAUGAAGGCCACAAAAUCAAGUUCAUCCAACUGGUAAUUGCGAAGAAAGAGAACAGAGACCGAAGGAGCUGAUGAGCUUCAUUUUGGUAGUUUCUUCUUUUUAAAUUGUUGAUUUAUCUGAACCUCUGGUUUACAACAUUUGAAAA